GGCAAGCGUGCACGCUCGUGACUCUCAGAGCAUGCGUUCCGUGACCGACGCAUUAGGACCUCAUAUUUGAUUUGCUCCGCAACAACUUUAAACGGAGGUAAAAAAGAACUGCAAAAAAUAUAUGACUCAGAGUUCCCACAAAACGGUGCCCCGAAAAAACAGUUAUUGCAAUGAGAUUGACAGCCUUUUAAUUGCUUGUCUCUGACGCUAACUAUAAAACCAGCCCUAAGUAGAGAGCAAGUUACGGCUUUAAACUAUUUAUUUUCAAUACUGCAACCUCACGGUGUACUCAGUCAUUCGCGGUACUAACUUAACGAUAGAAGCCACAGUGUAUGUAUUAUUUAUAAUCUGUAAGUUUGAUAUUAUACUUCAACAAAAAUGAAAGUUCCUUUGAAAGAUAUCAAGAUCAUAUUUCUUAUAAUAACGAGUUGUUUCCUUAACUCGGUAUAUUGUGUUUUUCUUUUUGGUAUCGAUUUAACAGCACCGGUGAAAAUUGUGAAAAAUGGAGUCGGAAAAAUUUCAAAACCACAAAACCCACGUUCAACACUAUUUCUACCUAUGCUAGAAUCUGCUAAGACUAAUGAAACUCAGGAAAAUAACAUUUUAACCAGCAAGCCUAUCGAAGAUGACCAAAGUCCCAGUAUCAGUCAGAAAGUCUCCGAGCCCUUAGAAUCUAAUCUAAAUACUGGUUCAAAACUGGAGUCUGAUGUGGAGACACUUGGAUGGUCGGAAAAUGGCGUUGAUUACACUACUGAGUCGGAUAAUGAGACAACAACUGAUAUAAACACCAUCGGCGGUCCCCCGCCCGCGGUCUUAGCCUCUCUUCUUGGCAGUGGUUGAGACAAAAUUACAAUAAUGUCAGAAUGUCACCCAUUCAGUUUAAACUUGAAGGGAAAUUUUAAUAAUUUUUAUGAUAAGGGUUAUUUAAACUACGAAGUCAACUAAACCUAUUUAAUUUGCUUUUGUAGUGUACUGUGGCGUGGUGUGAAAAUUUUCGUUGGUAAAGCCGGAGGGGUUUUUGGGAUCUGUUUUGUAUGAACUUCUACAGGCACUGGAGAAUUUAGGAAACCCAUAGGGAAUCGAGUUGUAUAGAUGCUACGCCACUGGUAGUGUAAUAGCUUGUAUUAGCAAUUGUGCGCAUUUAUGCUCUGUAUUUAAAGAAUAAAUAAUAUCCUACUUUUGCAUU